GGAUGUGUUGCAGGAGUCCUACUGUACGGACCGCCCGGAACCGGCAAAACACUGUUGGCUCGCGCGGUGGCCCAUCACACGGACUGCACGUUCAUCCGCGUCAGUGGCUCUGAAUUGGUGCAGAAGUUCAUCGGCGAGGGCUCGCGAAUGGUUCGCGAGUUGUUUGUGAUGGCCAGAGAACACGCGCCGUCCAUCAUCUUCAUGGAUGAGAUCGAUUCGAUCGGCUCUUCGCGCAUCGAAUCCGGUUCUGGCGGCGACUCCGAAGUGCAGCGAACGAUGUUAGAGCUGUUGAACCAAUUGGACGGCUUCGAGGCGACGAAGAACAUAAAGGUGAUUAUGGCCACCAAUCGGAUCGACAUCCUCGACCCGGCGCUCCUAAGGCCGGGACGUAUUGACCGCAAGAUUGAGUUCCCGCCGCCCAAUGAAGAGGCUCGACUCGAUAUCCUGAAGAUUCACUCGAGGAAAAUGAAUUUGACUCGAGGUAUAAAUCUGCGCAAAAUCGCCGAAAUGAUGCCCGGGGCCAGUGGGGCUGAGGUCAAGGGCGUCUGCACUGAGGCCGGCAUGUAUGCACUCCGCGAACGGCGCGUUCACGUCACUCAAGAGGACUUCGAGAUGGCGGUGGCGAAGGUUAUGCAGAAGGAGGCCGAGAAGAACAUGUCCAUCAAAAAGCUCUGGAAGUAA